AUGGCUCCUCCAUGUUUUGCUGAUCUCGGGAAGUCAGCUCGCGACCUCUUUGACAAGGGUUUCAAUGUCGGUUUGCUGAAGGUGGAAUCAACGACUACAUCAAAGAGUGGCGAAGCAAUUGAGUUUAAAACUACCGCAACUCAUGCAACAGCUACAAAACAUUUUUUGGGAAAUUUAGACGUCAAAUACAAAAUCCCCUCAUAUGGUCUUACUUUAACCGAGAAGUGGAACACAGAUAAUGUGCUGGGUUCGGUGCUUGAAAUUAAAGAUCAAUUCGCAAGGGAUUUAAAAGUCACUUUGGACACCUCAUACAGGCCACAGACUGGAAAACGCUCUGGCAAAUUGAAGGGUGAAUGGCAGAGGGAUAAUAUGACUGUGAAUUUUGAUAUGAUAGUCGAUGCGGCUCCUAUCGUAAACGCUUCGGUGGUUAUGGAGCGUAAUGGAUGGAUGCUUGGUAUUGCAUCUUCUUUGGAUACUGCAUCUAGUAAGAUUGGGAACACAGAUUUUGCUUUUGCAAAGGAUGGGCACGACUAUUCACUCUUCUCGUUUGUAAGAAAUGGAAAUAGAUUCGGGGCAUCCCUGUACCAUAAAGUGGCUAAAAACGUCGAAGUUGGCGCACAUUUGGGAUGGACGACUGGUGAUAAUGCAGCUAGGUUUGGUUUAGCUGCUAAAUAUUGUCCUUCACGGGAAUUAGAACUCAAGGCGAAAGUUAAUAACGAGUCUAAACUUGCAAUAUCAGCAACCCAUUAUAUUACAGAUAAGUUGAAACUCAUCUUGUCUACACAAUUUGGAAUCGCAGACCUUAAGGAUACCGGUCACAACGUCGGUUUUGGAAUUGAAUACAAACCGUGA